GGGACUAGGCCGCGGCGGCUCCGGCCCCGACCCGGCCGGGCGACGGGGCCGGACGGGAGGUGGCGACCGGCGGCAGCGAGCCCUGGCCUGGGGACAGCGCCGUGCCGUGCCCCCCCAGGCAGCUGACGCGGGCCGCCGGAGCCUCGGCGCCGCUUUCUAGGGCCAGAGUGGGUGGAAACCGGCCGAGCCCCCCCCUCCCCAUCCGCGGCCGGAUUGCAAAGCGGGGAGCGGGCUGCGCCACUGUCCUGCGGGAGGAGUGCUCUGUGCCCCCGGCCCAGCGGGUCAGGGCUGCGGCGCCAAGGAACCUCACGCUCCACUUUGCUCCGAGCUCGGAGGCAAGCGGGAUGCGCGGCCGCGGGGCUUCGCGGGAGGCGAGCGGGACUCCUCGCCCCGCAGCCCUGGAGGUGCGGGAGCCCCUGGGUGUGAGGUGGCUGUCCAAGACUCUCGACGUUUUUUCCUGGGGCUCUCGGUAGCCUCACUUUCUUCUGGCCUGGAGGAAGGAGGCAGGGCGAGCAAACCUGCCCUGGUCAUGUCCCCCGGGACUGGUGAGCUGGGGGGAGGGGGUAGCGCAGCAGGAGCCCCUUGGACUGGAGCUCGCUGGGGCGAGGGGCUCUAUGGAUGGCCUAAACACCCUGGAGGGAACUAGCAUCUCUGGGACUGAGGGGCCGCGUUUCCAGUUUUGGGAGAGAGAAUGGGGGGCUUGCGCUUUGGUUUGGGGGCGAGUGUCCUGUUUCGAGCUGGCCUACGCUCGGGUUAGAGGACAGCCUCAGAAUUGGGGCUCCCGGGCCCCAGGGGGUAGACUAGGUGCUCCGAGGGCGAUUCCCUUCCAGGAAACGGUGUUGCUUUGCGAGGUGGUGUUUGGUUCCGUGGGGAGCCAGGUGGGAUUUGGGAGACCCCGAGAUGUCGGAGACGGGACUGCGAGGCAACGGCUCUGGGUUUUGCUUCUUCGCUUUGUAACUUGCUGAGCUCCAAAGGACGGUUUGGGGGCUUGGAGUUGCCUGUUAGACUCUGGGCUUCGUCCCGGGUCUGCGAGUUUGCACACUGGGGACUCCGGGAGGAAGGCGAGGCAGCCAAGAGGGGCCCGAAAGGGGCUGGGAGCGAUUGGAGCGAAGCUACGUCUUGUACUUUUGGCAGCUGCGGAGGAGCGCUGGGCUCCGCCUCCUCUGCGCCCUGUUGCCGGCGCUGCCUCUUCCCCGGGCUGCGCGAUCUAACCUCACGUUUUCUUCUCUCUCCUAGGCUUCUUUUGGAAGUUCGAGCCCAGGUUUGUCCUAUUUUCUUACCUCUUCAGUGGCUCCCACAGGGUAAUGGGGGGCUCAGAGAUCUAUUGCUACAGGUUUUCCCACAAAAAUUUGUCCUGCGAGUUUUUCAUCACUUUGGUAAUUGAGUUGUUCGAGGAAGGAACUGUUACACUUCUCUUUUUUUUUUCUUGCAUGUUGAAAAAAUAACUUGUUACAAAGCUGCUAACUGACAGGUGUUCUUUUUAAGUACUAUGUCUUUAAUUUUCACAUGUCUUUUUUUGUCCAAGCCCAAAACAGUUAAUCCCAAAUCAACUUUCCACUACCUUUUGCAAUUUAGUGUAGAUAAUAAUUUUUUCCCCGAGAAACCGACUCUUUAAUUUGUCGAAACUUUGGGAUUACUUAUAUGGAUUAUUAACCAUGACUCCCUAUCUCUCCUUAUUUUCUCUUCUAAAUUUUUCAUAAUUGAGAAAUGUCUAUGGGCUCUAUUAAAAUUGGAAUAUGAGAGUUAGGUAAAGCUACCUUAAAAGAAACAUAGAAUUUCCAAGUUUGACACAGAAAAGUGCUAAUACAGAAUUUUUGAGGUCAGAGGACCCUAGAUCAUCUAGUACAGUGUUUAACCUUUUUGGAAUCAGAAACUUCUGUCAGGAUAUGAUGACAGCAAGAGAUGGUCUCCAGAAGUCUGCACAUAUGCAUAAUUGCAUACAUUUUGGGGCUUUUGGAGCCCCUGAAUCCCAUCAGGGAGAGGACAGCUUUGUUUAAUUUCUCACCCCCUUUCCAGCCCCAUUUUGGCUGCCUCUUUCUCCUCUAAGAGUCUCCAGGAAAAGUACCUCUGAACUACGCCAACUCUCUUAUUUUACACUUGAGAAGACUUUUAAAUAACUCCAUUGAGAGUCACCUAGUUAAUAGAGCCUGGAAAAGUUCAGAAAUCUUCCCUUACAACAUGUUGCCUUAGAGUGAAGAGCCCGUUUCCUUGUGUAUUAUUUUGUACAAUAUUUAGGUGUCUUUUAAGGUCUCACUUCAUUAUCAUUGAAAGUAUAAAACAAUUGGUCACCGAGUAGAAGAAAUUUGUGGUUGUUUUUAAAAUAGCUAUCUAUGUUUUUACGUUUAAAAAUUGUUUUAAAAAGUUUUUCUAAUUUUGAGACAAGCAUUUCUUUGUCAUAACUGAUUUCAGGAAGGAAUAUUUAUAUACAUGAUGCCAAACAUCUGGAUGAUAAUGGAAUUUUUCCAUUUUGCAUCACUGUCUGCCUUUAAGAAGUUGCAAUCUAAAUAGCAAGAAGAUUGUGUAGUUUUGGUGUUUAAACAAACUUUUAUAACCUGUUUUUAAUCAUUUACCCAAUUUUAAAGAUUUUAAAGCUUAGAAGAGACUCUUGAGGUCAUCUAAGCCAGCACUAUGCAUUUUACAAAUGAAAAACUGGACUCGGCCCAGAAAGUUGAAAUGACUUGCCUCAGGUCCUCAGCAAGCCAGGGACAAAGGCUAGAGUAGACCUCAGGCCAUUUGCUUUCUGGCCCUUAUUGAAUACCUUCUAGUUUAAGAAGGAAGAGUGCUGUGACAAGUGAUAUGGGGAUUACAAAAGAGGACAGAGCUGUGCCUGAAAGAGGUGGAAAAGUUACCAUCUAUUUCAUCCCUGACCUUAGUAAUAUUACAGAGGUUUCCAGGAAUUCCUCAAAAUAGAAAAUUCGUAAUGGUGGAUGUUCUGCUUUUGAGCUCUUUAAUAAAUAUUCAUCUUUCUGCUUAAAAUUAAGCUCUGUACUUAAAAUCUGUACUUUGACAGGUUUUAAAAUGCACAGAUAAUCUUUUAACAUUAAAAACAUAACAUCAUAUAAUGAAUGUAAGCUUCCUAAAGAAUUAAGUGCCAUAGAAAUUGUGUUAUUUUUAGAACUGAUGAUUACAGUUCUUCAAACUCAGAAUCAAAAUCACUGAAUUAUGUCUGUGGUUUUUUUUCAUAGUGAAAAAUCUUUGGUGUUGUUCAGAGUUUUGGUAAUGAUUUCACACUGUCCUUAAAUGUUUGAAAUUUAAAAUGUUAAAUAGCUUGACUAAAAACAGACCAAACUUUUUAUGUUGAAUCUGCUUCCUUCCACUUCUCUUUUCCUCUACCCAAAGAUUGUGGUACUUCUUUCCUUCUAUGCUCUGAGAGUCACUGGUCUGAUUGAAUUAGAUAUGAGAGUAAAAUGGAGAAAAUUCCAGUUUUCAUAAAUUUGGUUUCAUUUUCUUGGGAUUGCGGAUCUUAUUCAUUUCUCAACUUGGUUUUAAGAGUAUCCUGUUGACUUCAUAUUUGCUAUUAAAAAGCAUUACAAUUUUAUAAACAAAUAUGAAUUGGCCAAAACAGCUUGCAACUGGGUACAUCUCCCAGAAACUUUUAGAUGUGAUUUUCUGUUAUUUCCUUCACAUACCCUUAAAAACUAAUUAUUAGUAGUCCAAAGAAAAGUGUGUUCUUACAGUUCAAUGCCUGUCUGGUUAAUGCUGGGGAGCUUGAAAUACAGUGUGGACAUGAAAAGUGACAGUAGUUUUAGAGAUUGAUUUGCUGUAUAGCUGCUUCAAAAAAACUUUUAUUUGUUCUGGGAACCAGAUUUCUAUUGUUUCUAUUGUUUUGUAUCUUUGAGGGUUAUAAUUAGGCAGAAUUUAUAUUCUCUUUGCCUGAAGUGUUGAGCUUUAGUGUCUAAUAGAUUUCUUGUGAAAUCUUCCAUUCAUAGUCCUUGUAACAUUUUUCUUUUGCUUUUAGACAAAUGUAUUAAACUGAUAAACAGGUUCAACUUUUCUCUUAGAUCAUUUUUUAAGGACUGCUCCAUUUAAAUCACUUUGCUACUAUUAUAAGUUGUGUUCUCAUGGACUAGACUUCUUAUUAAAGUGUUGUUAAAUUACUCUGCCUUGUUCUUUUGCUGAUUUAGAUAUCUUUUCAGAACUGUAUGGUCUUUAUAACCUGUUGAGUGUAUAUAGUAAAUGCAUUUAAUAAACCUUACACAUAAACAUUAAAAGGGACUGGCAGAAGAACACAAAUUAUUUUCUUUUGUAAGUAGCAUUGUGAAUGUGUAAAGUGAUGUAGUUUGUUUCAUUCCAGUUGGGUCUUUGUCUUCUGAGGAUCAUGAUUUUGACCCCACUGCUGAGAUGUUGGUCCAUGACUAUGAUGAUGAAAGAACUCUUGAAGAAGAGGAAAUGAUGGAUGAGGGUAAAAACUUCAGUUCUGAAAUUGAAGACUUAGAAAAGGAAGGAAACAUGCCUCUAGAAGAUUUACUGGCAUUCUAUGGCUAUGAACCUACAAUUCCAGCAGUUGCAAAUUCCAGUGCAAAUAGCUCCCCAAGUGAACUUGCUGAUGAACUACCAGACAUGACACUAGACAAAGAGGAAAUUGCUAAAGACCUGCUGUCCGGUGAUGAUGAGGAAACUCAGUCUUCUGCAGAUGACCUGACACCAUCUGUGACGUCCCAUGAAACUUCCGAUUUCUUUCCUAGGCCUUUACGAUCAAAUACUACAUGUGACGGAGAUAAGGAAUCAGAAGCUGAAGAUGUUGAAACAGACAGUGGUAACUCACCUGAAGAUUUGAGGAAAGAAAUAAUGAUUGGUUUACAAUAUCAGGCAGAGAUUCCCCCGUACCUUGGAGAGUAUGAUGGUGAUGAGAAAGUGUAUGAAAAUGAAGACCAGCUACUUUGGCGUCCUGGUGUGGUUUUGGAGAGCAAAGUUAAGGAGUACCUUGUUGAGACCUCAUUAAGAACUGGAAAUGAAAAAAUAAUGGAUAGGAUAUCUGCAGGAACACACACAAGGGACAAUGAACAGGCAUUAUAUGAACUUCUCAAGUGUAAUCAUAAUAUAAAGGAAGCAAUUGAAAGGUACUGCUGCAAUGGAAAGGCAUCUCAAGAUGGAAUGACUGCAUGGACAGAAGAAGAAUGCCGGAGCUUUGAACAUGCACUCAUGCUUUUUGGAAAAGAUUUUCAUCUUAUACAGAAGAAUAAGGUGAGAACUAGAACAGUUGCUGAAUGUGUAGCAUUCUACUAUAUGUGGAAGAAAUCUGAACGUUAUGAUUACUUUGCUCAACAGACAAGAUUUGGAAAGAAACGAUAUAACCAUCACCCUGGAGUUACGGACUAUAUGGAUCGUUUGGUAGAUGAAACAGAAGCUCUGGGAGGGACAGUAAAUUCUUCAGCCUUAACUUCUAAUCGACCUGAGCCUCUUCCUGAUCAACAGCUGAACAUUCUCAACUCUUUCACUGCCAGUGACUUGACAGCUUUGACCAACAGCGUAGCAACCGUCUGCAACCCCACGGAUGUUAAUUGUUUGGAUGAUAGCUUUCCUCCAUUGGGCAACACACCCCGUGGACAAGUAAAUCAUGUGCCUGUCGUAACGGAAGAGUUACUCACCUUGCCUAGCAACGGGGAAAGUGAUUGUUUUAAUUUAUUUGAGACUGGAUUUUAUCACUCGGAGCUAAACCCCAUGAACAUGUGCAGUGAAGAGUCAGAAAGACCAGCAAAGAGAUUGAAAAUGGGCAUUGCUGUUCCUGAAUCCUUUAUGAAUGAGGUUUCUGUAAAUAAUUUGGGUGUGGACUUUGAAAAUCACACACAUCACAUCACCAGUGCCAAAAUGGCCGUCUCUGUGGCUGACUUUGGCAGUCUGUCUGCCAGUGAGACCAAUGGCUUCAUCAGUGCCCAUGCUCUACAUCAGCAUGCCGCCCUUCACUCUGAGUGACACGAGUGAGGAUCCCAGAAACAGUGGGUGUGCAGAACCAGUAAACUUGAGGAAAGGAUCAGGUUUGCUUAGUCUUUCACUGGAAGUUUGAACCUUUUUCACUAUGACAUCAGUGAUGUCAGUAUGUAUAGAACUAUAUCUUGAUUUAUCAAGAGUAUUUUCAUUUUUCAAUCCAUAAAUGUGGAAAUGAACUAUGAUCAGCAGAGUUGGGAACUAAGAUUGAACUCUGUGGUGCAGCUUUAAGCUCUGCUUAUCUCUUCCUCAUCCCCCAGUACCUCUUCUCCACUCCCUUUUUUUCUAUUCUUUUCUGUUCCCCACUGCCCUCACUCCCAAUUUUAAAACCUGUAGACAGAGGCCACCGGCUCAAAACCAGCACAGAUGUUCUGAACUGAAUGGAGUGGCUUCUUUUCGUGUAAAUUCCUUUUGCCGUAAUGGAUGCAGUGGAAUAACAAUGUUUACAGGUACCGAUCCCAAUCCCUGCUCAAUGUAGCAUUUUUUGGUUUUAUUUUCUUAAUUAAAUAAAAGCAGGGGUAGGUUUCUUUAAACUGCACAAACAUGCAAGGAUUUUUUAAAAAUGGAAACUUCUCUCAUGUUAUUCAACUAGAGCACUUCAGUUUACAAAACAGCAAGUCCAUCUUUAUGGAAGCCAGCACGAGGAACUGCGUGCAAAUUAUGAAGACACUUGCUUGGAUCCUGUUUCAAAAUUCUAGACCAGGGCUACCUUACACAGAAUCUGUCAUUUUACUGUGGGAAGAGUUCUGUGUACCUUCAUUGAUUGGCUAAAAAUUUGGCUUUUGAAGAUGUGGUAUUUAGAUGGGGUUUUGUCCACCAUUGUCAAGAUUAUAAUUCUAAAAAUCAUACUGGUAUUGAUAAUUUAGUUUAUCCUGAGGCAACUGACUUGCAGGACACAGUCUACAGAGCCUAGGAUGUUGCCACUCAAUGGUUUACAUUUGGGACACUUCUUAUGUUGUUUGUAGCACUGCAGUUCAAAGUGUUCAUAUUUUGGAGGGACUUCUAGAUUUUACACUUAAUGCAGUAGAACCUUGAAGUAUAUUUAAACUUUUUUUGUUUAGCUUGAACAGUUGGCAAGAAAAAUGUGAGUUUCUGUCUAUUGACAUAGAAUGGUACUUUACCACUUUAAGUUUUAAAAACUGAUAGACGUUCAGAUGCAUCUCACACUCAGUUUUAUUUCUAUUCCAGACAUUGUGAAUGAGAAGCCAUUGUCAUAAACUUUGGCCAUUUUUGCUCUAUAGAUAUGCAUCUUUAAGUUAAAAGGUGAAUUCACAUGAUACACAAUACAGUAUUAGGAUGUAAUAAGCUUUGCUUUUAUAGUUCAGUUACAAUGGAAUUUUGCUUUUUUUUUUUUGCACCAUCUUAGUUGAAAUUUUCAAUUUCUGCUAGUUGUUGUGCUUUGCAAAAAACUUAAAUGUUUGGCUGCAUUGCUGAUAUUUGUAAGUAUAAGUCGCUUCAAGGUUGUGCUGAUGAGUAGAUAGGUUGUAGUGACCUUAGUAGUGAUGGAAAGGGAGGGUAUUUAUUAUAAAAACUGUGAACUGCAAUGACAUCCUUAGUUUUGGAUGAUGUGUAUUCCUAUUUUUGUUUGCAGCAUUUUAAUGAAGAUUGCUUUGAAGUGUUUACGCAGUAGCAUAUUUACUAUAAAAUUUAGUUUAGCACAGUGGACAAAAGUAGUUAAAUUAAUAACUUAAAAUCAGUCUCUAAUUUAUACAUCUAAAGUCUAGCAUUCCUGUAUGCACACAGUAAAUAAUGGGUAGCCUGGGCUCUAUGUUGCUUUCAGAUAUUUUUAUCCAAGUUAUCAGCUUCUUAUUGCUGUGGUGUUGUGCUAAACUUUGAACCUUAUUUCUUUUGUUAAAAAUCAGUAUACCUUUUAUAAUUUAGUAAGAUACUGGCCAUAAUCUUCUAUUGUUAUAACUUUAAUUUUCACUCUGGGUUUACAGUGGCUGGUUUGUGUAAAAUAAUUUACACAAAGAUGACUGAAUGCUAAUACCAGUUGCACUUAAAUGAACAUGCCCAUUCUCAGUAGCUGAUGCAGUAACAUAGUCAGUUUAUCUAUGCAUUGCUGGGAUCUUGAUAUAAGAUGGAAACAGUGUUUCUUAUCUAAAGUUUUGAUUAUCAGCAAGUUGAAUGGACACUUUAGUUAUUUAAAUAAAGAUUUUUGACCAAAAUCCAGAAAAUGAUAUGAGAGAAAAAUAAAUUCCAGCUAGUUUAAUAGAUUUUUAAAUGUCAAUCUGAUUUUAGCCUCUUAGAGAGUGCUAACUAGCUGGUAACGUUUACUUUUAAUUCCUUGUUAAAAUGAGGCAAUAAUUUGCAAGAUUUUUGUAUAUAUAUGUAAAUUCUUCAUAUCUUUUUAGAUCUAAUUCAAUAUUUUCUGACUGCUUCCGCCAUGUAUAAAUACCAUUUUUGUGCAUGCUUGAUGUGACAUUCAUAAAUUGUACCACUAUGACUUUAUCCAUGUAAAAUAGCUAUUUAUUGAAUUUUCUUUUAAAAGCUGGAUUUACUGGGUUUUGUUUCCUCCAGUUAAGCAUCUUAACAGAGAAUUUGUUACUGUUUAUUAGAAGAAUUGCGUUUGAGAGCAUGAAAAUAACUGAUUUGCAAUUUUAUGAGGAAACAAUAAUGCCUUUAUUAUCAAGUGUGAAGCACAAUUCUUAUAACAAACUGUGAUAAAUUCUUUUGUUUUCUUUUGCCGCAUUAUUUUCUUAUGAACAAACCAAAAAUCCAUGGUGAGCAGUUGUAUUGUUGGCUGAUGUAUCUUUUAUGUACAGGGAAUUUGAAGAGGACAACGGAUCCAUUUAGGAGUGUAACUGGUGCUGUGAUUAUAGCAAUACUUUUGUUAGUCGUACGUCAUCUUUUCCAUGCUAGCAUUUUAAAUGUUUAGUUUUCCUCUUGUCACGGUCAACUGCUGAAAUUACUUGAAGGAUGUAGAAUACUGUUUAAACAAUACUAAAGUGUGUACAAUUAGGUCAAAGAAUUGUGCAAUUGUUUCCUUUUUAAUUUUUAAAAUUGAGGGUCAUAAAUAUUUGAGAACGUCAGAUUUAAUAGAGCAUAGUGAUACUAUUUAAUUUAACCAAAGUCUCUAGUGAAUAUUUCAACUUUGAAUGUAAACUAAUGAAUAAACCUGACCACCAAGGAGAUUGUUUGCCCAGAGUUUCAAAGCACAUUGUCUACAAAUGGAAAUUGAAAUAAUUUAUAAAAAUAUUGACAUUACUAUGUUUUUUAAAAAGUUCUUAAUUUUUUCACUAAAAGGAAACUAUUAGUUUUAUUGUUAAAUAUGGUAGAUAUUAAAAUUCCUCUUAGAUGACCAGUGAUUCCAAUUGUCCCAGUUUGAAAUAAGUAUCCUGUGAGUAUGAGAUUAAUUAGUGACAAUCACAACAAGUUUUAGUAUCAGAUGUUCAAGAGGAAGUUGCUAUUGUUGCAUUGAUUUUAAUAUUUGUACAUAAACACUGAUUUUUUUGAGCAUUAUUUUGUAUUUGUUGUACUUUAAUACCUGGUGUACAGUUCCAGAAAUAAACAUCUGGAAAUCUUU